UGUUUUGUGGUGUAAAAUUGGGUCUCUCAAUCUCUCAGUUGGCGAAUUAGGGUUUUAGGCUGUCUGAUUGAUUGUUGAUUGUAUCGAAGAUGAUUGAGGUGGUGCUGAACGAUCGUCUCGGGAAGAAGGUGAAGGUGAAGUGCAACGAGGAUGACACCAUAGGCGACCUCAAGAAGCUCGUGGCUGCUCAGACGGGUACCCGAUCCGACAAGAUUCGGAUCCAGAAGUGGUACAACGUCUACAAGGACCACAUCACCCUCAAGGACUAUGAAAUCCAUGACGGCAUGGGCCUCGAGCUCUAUUACAACUAAAGGUGUUACGUUCAUAUAACAAUGCACUGGCGGUGGGAUCAGCCUGGGUAAGAAGUGGUUGCAUGUAUUGCAAAGCCCUAGGAUGGUGCAGAUUAUGUAAUCCAGAAACUCUUUUGAAGCGUUUGGACUACUUAUGUAUAUCUGAGUGUUAACUGCAUACAUUUGUGUAAUUGUAUUGGAUGAAUUGAAUUUCCUUGGCAAUCGUAAAAAUGAUCUUCUGUGUUAUAUGCAGAAUCAUUAUAUACAUAUAUAGUAUAUCUUUGUUUGUGGCAUUA